CCGCAACCGCAGCCACAAACCUGGUCGAUGCCAUCCAGCCGCUCGUUGCUGAUGUGUUCCUGCGCUCACAGGACUCCUCGUCCGUAGCCAGCAAGGCUGCCCGUGCUGCUGCCGCCAAACAGCAUCCGCCCUCUCGACAAACAGGCCGUGCCAAUGCUCCCGCUCCAACACAGCGCUGGUGCUGGCCUUGUCCUUGCACAGGCAGCUGUGGAGGACUCGAUGGCCGGCCUGCAGGACAGCUGCAGGCCGAGCACCACCGCCGCCGACCCCAUUUUAUCUCUUCAGCAUGCCCGCCAUACCUUCGAUCAAGCACAUUGACCGCGACCGCCUGUACACCGACCGGCUCUACCGCUACCAGUACAUUUGCGAGGUUGCAAAUUUUGGCGAGGAGGACAUCAAGGCACUCAAGGCGUCGGCCUCGAUUGUCGCUCCCCUUGUUCCCGCCAUUGUCGAUGCCGUCUAUGAGCGGCUAUUCUCCUACAAGAUCACCAAGUCGGUCUUUACCCAAAAGAACGAGGGCUUCACCGGCCACAUGGACGAUCUGGACCACCUCAAUCUGACAUCGGACACCAUCAAGUUCCGCAAGGACUUUUUGAAGCGCUACCUUGUCAAACUUGUUACGGCCGAGUACGAUGCCAAGUUCGUCACUUACCUGGACUGGGUCGGUCGCAUCCACACCAACACCCCUCUGAAGAAGAGCAAGAUCAACGUCGAAUACGUCCAUGUCGGGGCGCUGUUCACCUGGCUGCAUGGCUUCCUGGUCGAGGCCCUGGACCCACACCCCAAGCUCGCCAAGGACCCUGUGCUGCGCGGCAAGAUCCUGGCGGCCUUCUCCAAGCUGCUGUGGAUCCAGAACGACUUUUUCGCAAAGUACUACGUUCUCGACGGACAGGACUUGCUGCAGUCCGCACCUGAAGCGCAGGCCCGGCCAGAGUUCAUGAUGUCGGGAUCGAGCGGCGAGCUGUGAGAGGCGAAAGCAUCGAGUCCCGCCUCUCCCUCCCCAAUUCGCUGCAAAAGACCGCAAUGGGGAAUGGGUCGGGGUCGCUGCCCUGGUCCACGCACUAUGUCUUUAGCGGUUGGCCAGUUCGUUCCUUGCUCCAUGGCUCCUGCGCACUGCAACGGUCGCUUCCAUGGCACAACCUGUUCCCCCCCCAAAAGCCUCCUCAUCGGCUCUGCCUUGUCUAUCUGACCAAUACAACCUGAGUGCCCAAGUG